AUGCAAGUGACACCGAAUGCUGCACUAAGUGUUAAAGUAUCUAUUAAGAACGAGGAGAAGGUCACCGUUUUGACCUCGCUUUUGCUUGCAAUAACUGUUAUCGAUUACAAACGAAGCCCUCAAGCAAUUGAAGUUGCUUUCAGAUUAGACGAACGGUUAAAACAACUUCAAAUGAAGCGUCAUCAUCAACCUAGUGUGCUAAUUUACAAAAAGAGUCUGUUUUAUUGUAUAAUUGUGUAA